CUGUCAGAAAUUAAGAUGAAAACAUUUUGUCUUAUUUUUUUAAUUGGGUUUUUGGCAAGACAAACUAACUGUUUUCUAUGUCCGGUGGAUGAGGAUUUUAAACCACUGGAUGGAGCAUUUGCCGAUCCAAAUAAUUGCGCUAUUUAUUACCAUUGUAUUAAUGGAACAUCUUACGCCCAGCAAUGUCCGCCUGGCCUCCAUUUUACAAUUUCUCUAACUGACUGCCAAUAUUCAACUUGUGUAGAACCGAAAGAUUCUAAAUGUCCGGGAGAGAAUCAACUGCAACAUUCCAGAAAGUUUCCGCUAUGUUCCGAAAGUAAUCCAGUAGCCAAUGAUCUUAGUGGCACUUGUUAUAAAACUCAAGUGGAAGAUUGUCCUCCAAAUAGAAAUGGAACUUUUCCGAAUAAGUUUGAUUGCAGACAGUAUUUCCAUUGCGUAAACGGUCAACAAUGGCCUCAGCAAUGUCCUAAUGGAUAUUUCUUUAGUCCAGAUUUAAAUGUAAGAGAUUGUUCAACGAGAAUGUGUGUACCAUUAGAGGAGGCUGAAUGUCCUAUACCGGGAGGAUGGUCCAGCUGGUCAGCCUGGCAACAGUGCCAGCCGUCUUGCGGUAGUGGAACAAGAGUUCGAACUAGAGAAUGCGACAAUCCUCCUCCUUCUAAUGGCGGUUUUGAUUGUGUAGGAAGUGAAGUUGACGUGGAACCAUGCGAAGGCCCUCCUUGUGUUGGUAUUGAGACUUUAGAGCCAGCUUUUCUCCUAUCUAACAUAAGAACGGAAAGCUUUACUGAGUUUAAUAGAGUAAAUUUCAAUAAUUUGAAUAUCUACAAUUCCUCCACAAAUAAAUUGACAAUUAAGAAAUCUGGAAUAUAUGUAUUCUCACUAACGGCUGGAGCAACUUUUAGAUCACCUGUUGAUUUAAAAAUGACUGGAUUGCCUACAAUAGUUGGAUUGAAAAAAGAAAGAAAAUUCGACAAUAUUAGAGUGGCUUUAGUGAAAUCGAGAACGACAAUUCUCUUCCUUACACCUCUAUCUUCGCCCUAUGUAGCACCUCAUACAGAUGGUAUGUAUUUUAGUAGAGAAGCUGGAAAGGAGACUGCAUGGUCGGGAUUUUAUUAUAAUACAGGAGCGGCGUUAUUCGCCACUUCCAUUAAUCGUGUAACAACACUUGGUUUAAUAUCGCUACCAAACGUUCGUACAGCUAGGAAUGUUGUUGCUGUUGAUAAGAAUUUUAGAGUUGGCAUCAGUGACCUAUAUUACAUUCAAUUUGGCGUCGGAACGUCAUACACAAAAAAUGUUCGUGUAGACGUCAUCAUCAAUUCUAGAAACACUAAUUAUACUUUAGCAAGAGUUGGAAACACUGACAUAUAUGAUGAUCAAUUUUCAAGAGGUUUCCUAGUAUCUUUACAGAGUAAUGAUGAAAUAGCAUUGAAUUUAAUCGAAGGAGAAAUUAGGUCAUCUACUAAUCUUGAACUUUAUUUAUGCGCAUUGGCCUUAAAUUCCAGUUCUGAGGCUUUUUACGCAUAUAGGAGUAGCGAAUUUUCUAGUUCAACUUAUACGAAAAUUAACUAUGAUAGCAUUGCAAUAGAUCCACUCAAUUCUUGGAAUUCAACAACCAUGGAAUACGUUAGCCAAAAGGAUGGUCUCUUUAAUGUUGAUGUCUCAAUUGGUGUUGGUGCUAAUGUUAGAGGAUCAGCAAGGGUUGUUGUUGACGGUGUUGAAGUUUUAGCUGUUCUAAGAGGAUUUACAGUAACAUCAACCAUUGACACAUCCUCAAGAUCUGGUUUGGUAAGAUUAAACAAAGGGUCCAGACUUUCAAUUCAAGGUGAAGGAGAUUUGAAACCAUUCAAUUCCCAACUAAUAUCCUUGACUAUAUUUCCAGUAUCUAAAUAA